CUCAAAUUGACAAAAUAUUGCAACUGACGUUUGUAUUGCUACUUAUAAGUAGUAGCUUACUUUAAGUGAAAUAUUAUCAUUCACGUUAGUAUUGAUUCAUGUUUAUUCCAUGUUUUUUUUUCCAGACUAAACAAUUACUACCGAGUAUGGAGUUCGGUCGGCGUUUGGCACAAGAAAAAGAGCUUGAUCGUUCAGAAUUUAAACAUAGUUGUAAUUUAGUAUUUGACUCUUCUAGUAAUUUUCUAGCUUAUGCUACUUUAUUAGGCAUAAAAAUUAUUAAUAUUGUAUCAAAUCGUGUAGUACGAAAUCUUGGUGGACCAGAAAAUCUACGUUUUAUUCAACUUGCUUUUAUGCCACCACGUAGUACUUCAAUGUUUUAUGGUUCAACCAAUAUUGGCUCGGGGACAUCAUCUUGUGUGCCUAGUUUAGAAAUGCUUGCUAUGGCAAAUGAUUCAUUAAUCGGCAGUAACAAUAAUACAAAUUCAAUAGCACAAUGUACACCUGUAAUAGUAUGUACUGCAUUUAAAAAAAAUCGUAUCUAUUUAUUUACAAAUCGUGAACCACAUGAUGUCAAAUCUGAUGGUGAUACAGUCACACAAGGAUCAACUGCUGAACGUGAUGUAUUCAAUGAGAAACCAACUAAAGAAGAAGUAUUAGCUGCAACAAGAGAUUCAGCAACAGCUGCAUCACGAUUAGCUGGCAGUGCUAUACUACACACAACAUUAGGUGAUAUACAUAUUCGUCUAUGUCCUAGAGAAUGUCCUAGAACUGUAGAAAAUUUUGUUGGUCAUUCAAGAGCUGGUUAUUAUAAUGGGCAUAUAUUUCAUAGAGUUAUUAAAGGUUUCAUGAUUCAAACUGGUUGUCCUUUGGGUACCGGUACUGGUGGAGAAUCGUUGUGGGGUGGUGAAUUUGAAGAUGAAUUCCAUCCUAGUCUAAGACAUGAUCGUCCAUAUACUGUGAGUAUGGCAAAUGCCGGUCCUAACACAAAUGGUUCUCAAUUUUUCAUCACUGUUGCUCCAACUCCUUGGUUAGACAAUAAACAUACUGUAUUUGGUCGUGUUAUCAAAGGUAUGGAAGUGGUUCAGAAAAUAUCCAACAUUAAAACAAAUCCAAAGAAUGACAAACCAUUAGAAGAUGUGAAUAUUAUCAGUGUGACUGUAAAAGAUUUAGGCGCUGGUAUUUAAAUCACAUGUAAUUAAUUUUUAAAGGGAAAAUUAAUAAAAAUAUAAAAGAUUCCACUUUUAUACUAUACCUCUCUCUCUCUCUCUCUCUCUC